AUGCAUGCCUUUACGCAUUACUCCCAGAUGCGUUUGAGGGACUCACGCUUGGAAUGGGAAGCUGAGCUCAGCCGUAUUCGGAAGCGAGAGGAGCAACAGCAAUUGGAAAGGUUGGAGGCAGUUCGCCGGAGGGAGCAGAUGGAGCGAAUGGUGGCUCUCGUUUUCAACCAAGUCAAGGCGCCUUUGCUACUCGCCAAAUCAGAGCUGAGCCGUCCUGGCGACGCGAAGGACAUCCUUGCUUGUGCCCAGGGUCGAAUUCAGCAGUUGUGGUCUCUGCUUAGCGGAGUGCAGAACGAAAUGCAGAAGGAGUUUGAUGUCGGGGCUGGGGAAGGCAAGUUCAGGGCGCGCGUGACAGAGACAUUACGGGGAACCAGAAAGGAGCCAGGGACCAGGAGCGAGCCAGCUGCCGAGACGGGGAGCCAAAGUUCUGGCUCAGCGCCAUCUCCGAGGCUUCACAAGACAGCGAACCAGCAGAGGACCUUUGACUCAAAGUGGACAGAGUCCUGCGCCGCAUUGCUGGAAGCCUCCUGCAUACAGCUCGGGGUGGAUGUCCAUGCUCCGUGGAAGCUACGAUGGGUCAGGAUUGAGCUGGACGGCAGACAAAGUUCAUGCCUCAGCAGUUUGCUGACGCCAACUGACAUGCUUCAUUUCCGCCGGUGGUUGGAGCCCGAGAUCAAUCGCCUCACUGCGAGGCAAGCUGGCAAGGAGGCUCAGCAAGACUUUGCCUUCCCGUAUUUGGGGAGCCAGAUCAGUGCUGGAGUCUCGGCUGGUAGGGCCUAUCUUUGCAUUUUCAAGGACAGCGAGAUGCGGUACCACUUGACAGCGCAGCCUCUUUCUGGAAGCAAGACGCACUAA